ACGGUACUCCCACCACAACUUAACCGCGGAACACAAUGGGCAAAUCGAGCAAAGAUAAACGGGAUUCCUACUACAGGCUCGCCAAAGAGCAAGGCAUAAUUUCCUGAACCCCGAUCCUUUGGGUACCCGGGUGUUAGCUAACGGAAGUUAAUAGGGUGGCGGGCUCGCUCCGCGUUCAAGCUCCUACAGCUAAACUCGCAAUUCAACCUCUUUGCGGAUGUGACAAGGGUAGUGGACUUGUGUGCCGCUCCCGGCUCCUGGUCCCAAGUCCUCUCACGCACACUGCCGCCGACAUCCACCAUCGUAUCGCUGGAUCUGCAACCCAUGACGCCCCUGCCGGGCGUGACCACCCUACAAGCCGACAUUACCCACCCAUCCACACUCCCGCUCUUGCUCCAGCAUCUGGGGAACAAGCCUGCGGAUUUGGUUAUUUCUGACGGGGCACCCGACGUCACGGGACUGCACGAUUUGGACGAAUACAUCCAGUCACAACUGCUCCUCGCCGCACUGAACCUAGCGACCUGCGUGCUCAAGCCCGGCGGGGGGUUCGUCGCCAAAAUAUUUAGGGGGAGGGAUGUGGCAAUUGUGUUUGCUCAGCUGAGAUGCCUUUUUGAUCGUGUCACUUGCGCGAAGCCACGCAGCUCGAGGGGGAGCAGCAUUGAGGCUUUUGUGGUCUGCGAGGGGUACUCGCCGCCCGCGGGCUUCAAGCCUUCUUUAGAAACGCCGCUAGGGCUUGGAGCGAAGUUUCCGGAGAGUAGGAGGCCGAGCGGAAGGGAUAAAGAGGAGGAGCAUCUGGUCGAUGGUGUCAAGGAAGUCGAGUUGAGAGAAGCAGAGGGUGGCGAGGACAGCGACCAUGUUUCCCGGGAGGCGAGGUAUAUCGCACCUUUCAUCGCUUGCGGGGACUUGAGUGAGUUCGAUUCGGAUGCUACAUACGCUCUGCCGGAAGUAGAUGAGUUUGGACAGAAGUGGAAGAGCAAGGAUCCAAUACAGCCUCCUACAGCCCCACCAUACAAGACGGCCCUGGAGAUGAGACGUCAAUUAGGAGGGGGCGGCAGUGGUGGCCUGCCCAAGCCGUGAAGUGGCUGUCGUUUAUUUUUUUUUUUUUUUUUUGGAGAACCUUGUGCUUUAACACUAGUACCAGUACAUAGAGCAGCAAUUUGGAUCUCC